AUGGCAACCUAAAAUAUUUUUGGGAAUUUUCACGAUAACAGUAGACUAAUGGAAUUAUAUGAAAUACUGUAAAUAAUGAAAAAUUAAUCAGCUGAUUAAUUGAAAAUCUAAGCUUAAGAGGAGAUUUUCGAAAAGUUUUCUAUUCUUAACAAUUAUCUAAUGUUUAAUGAAAUUUAACAACUCGCAAUCCUUAUUUGCAAACACAACAAGUAAUUAUAGGAAUCCAUCUCGAUGUAUUAAUACUUGAAAUAACAAGAAUGUUAAAUUGAUAAAACAAUCAAUGUAGAUAAGUUAAUUGAGUCUUAUGAAAAUUCUGCAAAUGAAUAGGAUAUCAAUUAAAAUAAGAAUGAUGCUACAUGGUAUAAAAUGCUAAUAUGUUGUGCAAAAUUAUUAUCAAAAAAAAUCUAAAAUGAGGAGGAUACUAAAAUCUACAACAAGAUUCAUAAAUAGUUAAAUUUUUAUAUUGAUCAAAAUUUACCAAGCAAUAAUCCUAACAUGUUAAUAUCCUAAAUAAGUAUGUUUCAUUUACCUUUUAUACAAUAUAUUUAGUUAUAUUCAUCAUUUCAAUUGUUAAUAAAUACUCUCAGAUACAAGCAAUACAUAGAAUUUACUGAAAAAAAUUAUUAAUAUCAAACCCAAUUACUUCCAAAUAUCUUAAAUAUCAGUUAAAAAUAGUCUUCAUUUCACACAUAGAUUUGGAAAUUUUAAUCUAUUCUCAUUGAUGUUACGCAAAACCUAGUCAAUUUUAAUGAAUUAUUUAGUGUCACAUAGCAUUCAUUUAAAAAUGAAGGAAUACAAAGGAUAGCCUUUAGUUUUAAUAAUAUUUAAAGGGGAUUUAAAGUUAUGAAAAUUAUUUUGGAGGAAUCAAUUUUAAAGUAUUUUUAUGAAUAAAUUGAAUUAAAAAUAGAAGAAUACAAAUCAUUAAAUCAUAAUCAAGUUUAACAAAAAGAAAGUGUUCAAUUCAAACCGCAAGUUCAUAUUGUUUUUCAUGGCUUGGAGGAUAUCAAUUUAGAUAAUCCAAAAUAAACAAAACUUGAUUUAGAAAUAUAAAUCUAAAUAGGAGAGAAUGAAUUUUUGUCAUUAAACAAUUAAUCAAGCAAUUAAACUCUGAUUUGGAAUUAUGAUAAGAUAAAACAUUUUAAUUUGAUAAUCUAAUUAUUAGUCCAAAUAUUUGAGUGCUCUUAAUUAUGGAUUUAGUAUAUGCCAAAAUCUCCAAAAGAAUAUUUUGAAUUUUUAUGCUCAAAGGUUAGCAAAUAGAAGUUAGAAGUAGAUCGAUAAACAUUAACAAAUUGGUUUCAAAAGGAAAAGCCCAAUAUUAAUAAUAGUAUUGAAUCUCUUUUAGCUUUAUUGGAGAGCAUUGAAUUCUUGCUUUUAAAAAUUGAAAGUAAUAUAAAUAAAGAGAUUGCAAAGUAUUAAAAAGAAAAACCAAUUUCAUUUAAUAAGGACAAAUUUGCUAAAAUACUUAUUUAAUCAGGAUUCAAAAUAGAGUAUGAUUUAAUCAACAAAAUUGAAAUAAGACUAGCUGAAACCAUUAAGAAUAAUUUGGAAUCAAUAUUAAAUUAAAUUAGCCCAAAAACUUAACAAAUAAAAGGAAUUGUAUAACUUAUUAAAAAAAUCACUCCUAAUUUUAAAUGA